CUCCAGAUCUCAUAUGUCAGAUAUGGAAAGUGAGGCAAGCCUGACUGGUCGUAUGAAAGGAGGUGGGAAAAUUGGACCUAUGAAUCAAGGAGUCUAUUCAGGUUACCCUGGAAUGAUGACUAUGCCAGCUUUUCCAUCUAUGCCAGUUAUGGGAGGAAUGAUGCCAGCCACCAUGCCGGGAAUGCCAGCUAUGAUGAUGACUCAGCCCAUGAUGCCUCCAGUGGAUCCUAACCAGGCAGCAGCACAGCAACAAUCAGUCAUCAACCAACAAGCCCUGCUUCUGGCUCAGCAGAUGACACUUCAAGCUAUGAAAAUGUCAGAACAGGAUCAGCAGUGGCAAAAGAAGUAUAGAUCUCCUGAGCGUUCACCCCCAAAGCGAAUAUCUUCACAUAGAUCACAUGAAUAUUCAAGACAAAGAGAACCCUCACCUCACAAUUCACCUACAUUGUCAAGGCCAAGACGAGCAUCACCAAAGAGGAGGACAUCUGAACAUUUAAGACGAAGGCCAUCAUCAUCAGAAAGCUCACCUGAAUCUUUAAGAUCAAGACGAGUCUCACCAAGGAAGCGAUCACCUGAAGCUUCGAGGCCAAGACGAAUCUCACCAAGGAAGCGAUCACCUGAAGCUUCGAGGCCAAGAAAGAGCAGGUCACCUGAAUCUUCAAGCCCAAAGGAAACCUUACUCCUCAAGAGGCCUCCUGAACUUUCAAGAUCAGAAAAGGUGUCAAUAAAGGAACAGCCUUCUGAAUCUUCAAGACCAAAGCAAAAUUCUUCUUCUCCUCCACCUCCCCCACGAUCCCCGAUCCACAUUUUGGAAGAUGAGGUGCCUGUCGACAUCAGAGUAGAUUCCCUCUCUAGGGGGACUUUUCAAAAGAAAAUAGAAUUCUUCCAGAGACUGGGAAUUGAAACAAUUCCAUUGAAGAAAGUCAUUUCCUCUUCAAAAAGUGAUAGAAUAAAGGAAAAGCCAGAGGACCCAAGUGCCAACCACGAAUCAAAUUCAGAUUUACCACCUCCUUUGCAACUGGAAAAUUAUCAGGAGAAGAAAUUCCGAGAUAUGAAGCCUGAACAGCCUGAACCAAGCCAGGAGAUACGGAACAUUAUUAAAACCCACAAGAAUCGUCCAGUCCCACCACCAAAACCCGUCAUGCCCGUUAGAGACAUCUCUAAAACUCUAAUGAAAUCUGAGCCAAAGGAGGAAGCUCUAGCAAAACUGGAGGCUUUAGAGUUGAAUCAUUCAUUGGUCUCCUCUGAAAAAUGUAAGCCAUCACCACCUUCACCACCGCCCAAACCCUCCAAAACCAUCAAAGAAAAACAACUGGUGCUCACAAGUGUUUUUGGUCCUCACAGCUCAGUGAUUCCUCCUCCCCCUCCUGGCCCGCCCCCUUCUUUCCCUCCAGAUUGUGUCACAGAUGAAACAAAAGAUUCAGCUAAGACACUGUUGGAAGACACUACUGUCAAAACCCAGCUCUUCAAUCUUUCUGCUAGUGUCAGCUUCUCUUAUGCUAACCCUACUUGGAAACUCUUCCUGCGGAAAGAGGUGUGUCAUGGUCCCACCUCCUUGCAUUGCUUUUCUGGUCAUGUUUAG